GCUGCCCUUUCAUUCAAAGCCUUGCCUCCAAAGUGACCAGUUUCCCUGGGUUCCUCUCUGCAAGAAAGAUGGGGCUCUGUCCGCUCCGGACUCUGCUCCAGAUCUUGCUCUGCCUCUCCCAGGUGUCCUCCCUGCCAUACACCCCACAGAUCCAUCAGAGAUGCCAAAAUCCACAAACCGAGCACUAUGUUGAAGCCAUCGAUAGAUGUUGCCGAUCGUGUCCUCCAGGUUCCCGUGUACAGCGUAGGUGCAACGAAAGCAUGGAUACUCAGUGCAUUGAGUGUGAGGAAGGGAUGUUUACUCCAGCUUGGAGUAGAGCUGAACGGUGCUUCAGCUGCAUCCCACCGUGCAAAGCAGGAUUUGUGGAAGUGAAGGAAUGCACUCGCACCCAGGACCGGUUCUGCUGGUGUCGCUCUCACCAGUUUUGCGCGAUCAAACUCUCCCAGAGCUGCUUGCAGUGUGUGGAGCACCAUCCCUGUGCGAAAGGGUCUGGAGUUGUGAAGCCAGGUACUGGUACCAGCAAUGUGCAAUGUGCUCCCUGUGAUCCCGGCACAUUUUCCGAUGUCGAAUCUGCCACUGCUCUCUGCAAGCCCCACAAGAAAUGUAAAUCAAUCCUGGUUCCUGGAAACAGCACCAAUGAUGCCCUUUGCAGCGAUCCCAAUGACGGACCCAUUGACGCUGUAACACAUGCGCCGCACAAUUCAGUUACCAGCAAAAGAAAUACGAAGUUGCCACCGCUGUUGUCUGUCACUGGAGAUCCAAUGCUGGAUAUCAAGCAAGAUGCUUCAGGAGACAUUUCGUCUCUUGCUGGUUGGUUGGCUGGAGUGACGUUUCUCGCCGUCGCACUGAUUGUGGCGGCACUUCUUUGCCUGGCGUUUCGAAAGAAAGACCGAGAUUGUUCUCUACCGUGUGCCAAAGAGAAACAGCCGUUCUCAUUUAACGAAAAGGGACUGGGUUCUUGGGUCCCGGAUGCCAGCGCUCUGGGCCAGGAGGAGCAGAACCUCUUACAGAUCUCCGCCUCGUCCAGCAGCGGCUCUUUGGAGAACCCAGCUGGGUCUGACAGCGGCAUUAGUAAUGCGCAUUCGGUGGGAAUGGAAACCGAAGGGCUGCAGCAAAGGUUCGCUCCAUCAAACGGCCGUCUGCACCACGGCGGAGCAAAUUUGGAGCAAGCUGGCGGUGGUGGCGAGACACGCGUCAACGUCAGCUGCGUGGUCAGUGUCUGCGGCACAGAACACAGUUUGCGAUUCCAGCCAGCGAACGGUUUGCACGCUACGCAUCCCAGACCUCGCACUUUUGUGGAAGACGAAGACCUUCCGCUUUCGACGGAAGAAAGUCCAGAGGAGAAAGAUUCCAGCAAACAAAUCGCGGUGGAAGUGGAGGACAGCAUGGACGUUAUCAGUUACGGUGAGGAAAAGCCGCCACCGCUGAGCGUACAAGAUGCCGGCAUGAAAGCGGCAUGAAAACUGCGCCGGAGGCUGAUGGAUCCCAUAUAAAAUGGUUGGAUGAGUUCUUGCAAACCAGCUUUAGGGGAAAAACACUGUGGCCAACCUUCGCGGCUGGAAAUCUCAGUUGCUUCUUGCAAAAACGGAAAGACUUGGACACAAAAGAACCUCUUUUUAUACAUAAAUUCCAGAUUUUGUAAAGGAUCGUCAGACAAUGGAAAAGAUUCUGGGGUUCUUUGGUUGCAGACAUGUUCUCCGCAACUUCAGGGAUAUGACCCCGAAAUGUCCCCUUUGCCUGCCUUUAAGCAAAACCUACUGUAUUGUGACUCGGCUUCCCAGUUGUUGGCUCACUGCAAGAGGUUCUGGGUUCGAGUCCUGGCCAGCCAAGAAAUGCUACACACGUGUGUGUUUUGGAGAAGGGUUAGGCUUUCUACCUUGCAUGCAGAAAAUCCCAAGAAAUUCCCAGAGAAGGACAAUCCUCAGACUUUGGGGAUCCGCUUAUCCAUUAAAGAUCCAUGGAUCAGUGGCUUUCCUUGGAAUAAAUCCCAUUUCCUAUGUCCCCGAAUGUGAAAAUUUAGAUUUUAUUAAGAAACAGCAAGACGAUAAGUCUGUGGUCCUACUUUUAAUGGCAAUAAAAAUUAACGGUCAAAUAAUUAAUCAAUAAUUGAUGAUAAACAAUUAAUUUUUGAUUCAUUUU